ACGAGCCACACAAAGAGUAUAUAUUUCGCGAGCACAGAGUGACCGACAGGAAGAAAGUGCCCGAACGCGGAGCGCGACUUUUUGGCGCUCUUCAGGAGCGGCUAGAACGCGGCAGAGGUCGGCGUCCCGGGCGGGCGUGGAGCCCGGGCAGCAGCGCCCAGGUCGCCCCGCCGGGCAGCGGGAGCCGGGCCGGAGCGGCGCGAGCCAGGUUCUGAAAAGGGCCUUUUCUGACAACUCUGCUGCUUGGAUUCUACUGUAGAACUGUCAUCUUACCAACUCCCCUGCCCAGCAUUCCUUUCUCUACUCCCUUCCCCUAAGAAGCCAGGUGUGCUUGCAGUUUGCAUUCAGCAACCUGUGCAUUUAUUUUUUCCUGUGAUCCUCGGUUUUCUUAGCCAUUUUCCCUCCCCUUGAUCUUGCAGCAAAACUUUUUUUAAGUUAAAACAGCAUCCCCAGUCUUAUUCUUCGCAUAUAUACACAUAAAAGCUGACAAUUUGAGGGGCAGGCAUCAGUGUAUGAGUUUUGCAAAUAUCAAUUAGAUGAUAUAGAAUUCUUCUGAAAAUCCACCAGUUAUCUGAGCAAAUUCGGUAAGUUAACAAAAACAUCUUAACCUUUACAGUUGCCUUCUUAGGAAUUGGUCUCUUAUUUGAUUUUUAGUUAUUCUGAUACAACUUUCAUUUAUGUGAGAAACUUUUUGUUUGACCAAAUCAGAUUUGACUUGAGUGAAAACCUACGUGCUAACAAAUAGCCACUCCACCAAAGCACCCUGCUAUCUCUUUGCUUGCAAUAUGACGGCCGUCAAUGUUGCCCUGAUUCGCGAUGCCAAGUGGCUGACUUUAGAGGUCUGCAGAGAAUUUCAGAGGGGAACUUGUGCUCGAGGUGAUGCAGAUUGCAAGUUUGCCCAUCCACCAAGAGUUUGCCAUGUGGAAAAUGGCCGCGUGGUGGCCUGCUUUGAUUCUCUAAAGGGUCGGUGUACUCGAGAGAACUGCAAGUACCUUCACCCUCCUCCACACUUAAAAACGCAGCUGGAGAUUAAUGGACGCAACAAUCUGAUCCAACAGAAGACUGCAGCAGCCAUGUUCACCCAGCAGAUGCAGCUUAUGCUCCAAAACGCUCAAAUGUCAUCCCUUACGAUUCCUGUGACUCCGUCACUCGCGGCUAGUCCUACUGUGGCUUUCAGCCCAUAUGUAUCUCAUACUGGCAUGAGUCUGGUUCCAGCUGAACUUUUACCAAAUACACCGGUUCUGAUUUCUGGAAAUCCACCUAUCGCAUUACAAGGAGUUCCUGGUCCAAAGCUGAUGCGUUCAGAUAAACUGGAGGUGUGCCGUGAAUUUCAGCGUGGAAACUGUACCCGUGGGGAGAAUGAUUGCCGCUAUGCUCACCCCACCGAUGUCUCCAUGAUCGAAGCAAGUGAUAACACUGUGACCAUCUGCAUGGAUUACAUCAAAGGUCGCUGCUCCAGGGAGAAGUGCAAGUACUUUCACCCUCCUGCACACUUGCAAGCCAAACUCAAGGCUGCUCAUCACCAGGUGAACCAUUCAGGUGCCACUGCCAUGGCCCUCCAGCCUGGUACACUUCAACUGAUACCAAAGAGACCAGGCCUUGAAAAGCCCAAUGGUGCCACCCCAGUCUAUAGUCCUGCUGUUUUCCACUGCCAGCAGGGUCUGGCUAACAUGCAGCUGCCACAGCCGACGUUCAUCCCUACAGGGCCAAUACUGUGCAUGGCACCCGCUACAAGUUUUGUGCCCGUGAUGCACGGUGCUACACCUACCACUGUGUCUGCAGCAACAACACCUGCCACCAACGUUCCCUUCGCUGCACCAACUACAGGCAAUCAGUCGAAAUUCUGAACAGCAGAGUUACAGAGUACCAGAAUCUCUCCAUGAGAACCUCCAUAUGGCCUUUCUAUACCUAUUCUUAUAUGUCAUCUUCUAGCAACACAACAGUAAACAUGGUGCAGUCAAUAUAUUAAGCAAAGUGAACAUGCCAGCCAACAAAUCAAAAUAAAGAUAAAGCAUUAAAAUCAGUGGAGAUGUUAAAAUCUAAUCACAAAAGUACCAUCUAUCUUUGAAUUAUUAGGUAGAAUAUGAUCAUAAAAUUUUGUGAUUUUUUUUUCCUGUAACCAUUAUAUUACAUGAAUUUCAACAGUGUGCUAUUGGCUUACUGUACAUUUUGGUGGCUAACUAUUCCUCUGUUUUUGAAGUGUUACCUUACUAUAUUGUUUACAGGUCAGGCUAUUGAAUUGAUUUAGAAUGUAACAGAUAUAUCCAGUAUCAUUUUACCCAGGGUUGUAUUGUAUUGGGUUGGGCUGUGUUUAGUUUUCAUGUACUAUAGUGUUUUGCUGUGUGGUGUUUGAUGCAAAUUUAAAUGUUAUUAGUAGGGAACAGAAAUUUAUGUGCUUGAAAAACAUGGCAGGUUCAUGUUAAUAUGCUCUCUUUAGAAUAUUUCUGUAGGUUUCUUGGGGCACACACAAUGCGUCACUUCUGAGUGUGCACAGAACCUGCUCAUAAAUAUGCAUGUAUGUAAUUUGUUUUUGUGGAUCUAACCUUGCAUAAUUACUAAGUUUUUUGCAAGAGAGAAAUAACUAGCCAUACAAAGUAGGGAAUUUCUUAAAAUAUUCACUCCUAAUACACUCCUCUUAAAUAGCUUGUAAAACAAUUCAUUUUUUAAUGAUUUUUCAGCAUUUCUGCUCAAAUUUAUGUAAAGUAACCAUUACAUGUUUUUGAUUCUCAAGAAUCCUAUCUCCUAGGUUGAGUAUUUAAAAUUGAGCCAUUUGUCAUCUUCACGUGAGAAAGUGGUACUUGGGGCCUUAAAGGUAUGCUAAUUGCAAGUUAUAAAUCAAAUAGAGAAACGGAGCAUGUAGAUACAGUUUUUACAUAUUGGCAGAAAAUGUGUAAAACCAUUGCAAUGUAAUCUUUUACACAAGUGCCAUUUUCUAAAUGCAAAUGGCUUUAGCUCUUAGACUAUUCUUUAAAUAAUAAGAUGCAAUCUAGCACAAGUCAGUCCGAGCGAAAGAGAAUUGGUUCUGAAUGAGGCCUUUCCUCCUUAAAUGGACAAUCUUCUCUAUUGAUCAGAGGGAGCCUGAGUACAGGUUUGGGAAAAUGGCAGAGACGAGGGCAGGGAGACAUUGAAAAUUACUCUUUGAUUUAUGCAAAAGAACUUGAAAAGAUGUCCGCACUUCUCUUGAGCUUCAGUUUAACUAAAUUGCCAAUCUCGUUAAACACUUCAGUGAAGGAGCAAGUGCCUGCGAUAUAUGACAAGCAUCUCCCUAUCCAAACUUUAACAUCAAAAUCUUUGGCAUCAAAACUAGGCCUCUUUUUUCACUUAUUUAUAUUCAUGCCUUUGUCUGUUUGUAAUGGAGUAGAUUUGUACUAUUUGCUUAAUAUCGAGUGACUGUAUUACACAGAGAUGAGCUGAAUUCUCAUUAAUACUUACAAAAUAACUGUACAUGAGUAAAAUGACAAUUUCUGUGCUCUAUAUUAUAUCUCUAGUCUAUUGAGUUAUUGUACAGUGGUAUAAAUGUAAUAGAUUCAAAUUUAGAGUUAGUAUUUUCUAUUAAAUGUAUGUUCUACCACUGGAAAAUAUAAAGCCAUCAAAUUUGAUAUAGAGAAAAGGGGUGUGUUUCUCCUUCAUGAAAAUGGUCAACAAAGAGAAUUUGAUUUAGGAUACCUUGAGACAGCUGGUAGGUUUGAACUGCAAAACAAUGGAAUUAGCAAAACCUUUUUGUAGUUGAUAAAACUGAAAUUCAAGACUAUGUGACUUCCCAAAGCUAGGUAACCAUUGUGAGAACCAGAAAAUGUCCAGACUCCAACUGUAACUCUUUUUCACAGUGUGCUUCAGAGCAUUUAAGACUCCAUCUCAGAGCAGAUCGAUCUGGCUCAGAACACAAAGGAGUAAAACUGUGUCCAGUAGUUGGUAUCCUAUUGGUCUUAUGUAUCUGAAUCCUGCUUCAUUGUGAUUUCUAAACAGUCUUACUUGUAUUAAGCCAUUGUCAUUGGUUACCAGUGUUGCCUGCAGUUAGAGAUUAGAAUUUGGUUUUACCUGUAGCUCUUUGAACCACUUGUUUUUCCCUCUCCUGCUGUCUUAACAUUGCUAGAGAAGAAACUAAGAUAUGCCUUUUGGAGAUGCCUUGUAUUUGGAGUGGAGUUUUGUGUAAUCAGUGUCAGUGUCUCUCCAGAAGGGCAGAUCUGACCACAUGUCUGACCACAUGAGCCCAGGAGGGACGCACCUGAGCUAGUCUAGAUGUGUUCCUUAAUGGAGAUGGGGACGUUUUUUGUGCAAAAUGAACUUUUGUGUAGUUUGACAUUUUGAUGCAACAUACUAUCUCAUUUAACUUUUUAAACUUUUGACAAAGAUGUACAUAGACCUAAAGUACAGCUAUUUUCAAGUUGCUGUAAGCACUGGAAGACUAAUAAUGACUUAUUUUUAGUAAAAGAUUGAGUAAGGAACAUUCAGGGUAGUUGUAUUUUGAGUGCCACCAUUUUCUACAUUGUUGGUAUUUUUAAAAGUUGCUAUAUAAAUGAAUUUAAGAAAGCAAAGCUCAAAGCCCUAAAGUUUUGGUCAAAUUCAACAGUUUUGAGAAAAUGAAAUUUUAAGAUAGCACUCUUUAGUUGUGCAACAACUUAUUCCAAUUCUCUUUAUUCAGAACCCCCCCAUUGAUAAGUCAUUAGACUAUAAAUUUCCAGUUAAAAAUACAAGUCACAAAAUAAUCAGUGACUCUAAGCAAAAAUUUAUUGGAUGAAUUGUAUAUAUAAAAUUCUAAUCACUUGUAAUUCUUAGUUAAAAUUUUGUAAUCUGUAUUUUACAAGGGCCUCUUUUUAUUUAUCCAAAAUUAAUUACUUUUUCCAUUUUUCUCAGCCUUUUGCAAAAAUAUGCAAGAGUGCUGAAACUUGAAUAAGACGGGUCUUAUAUACUGAAAAAUAAUCUAAAAGUUAUCUUUUAAGAGGGUUUUAAUAGUGUCAAUUUUUUACAAAAAGCAUUAUGUGACCAUAAUGAAAGUAUAUUUUAAAAAGGCUUAAGAUUAAAUUAAGAUAAAUGGAUUCAUAAAAAUUGCUAUUUAAAUACAGUAUUUACUUUUGCAAUUGGAGCAUGAUUCCACAACCUGCUGUUGCAUUUCAUUUCACUUUUCUAGAUUAGAAUUUAAUUUGUAGCUAAUCAUAAAGGUCAUCUCCCCCCCCCAUUCCAUCGAGUCAUCUCUGUCAGUUUCUGAUCAUGCUAAAAGCACUCUGAUCUGGCCAUGAGUGUUGUCCUCCAGUACAAGGCUCCACUCACUAGUGGGAAGCCUCAGCUCACCUGCUUUCCAGUUUGGGAAGAUGCCAGUUCCUUAUUCCUGCCUUCAGCAGGUAAUAAAUGGAAUUACACAUUGAAUCAAUCUUUAAUGGCCUGAGCAGGAAGCAUAGUGAUGUCUCAUAAGGAACAAUACUUAUGUUACAUUUUUUGCAAGGGAAGAGGGAAGGCUCAGGGCUUCUUUAAAGAUUAUUUGGUACUUUUUCUCCCCUUUUCAUGUCAGUGAGGGUGUGCUUAAGUAAAUCCACAAGUUUUCUCAGUUCUUUUAGUCUAAAGAGUGGGAAAUCAUGCACAGAAUAAUUCAUUCUUAUCUCAUAUACAUUUUACAUACAUUGAGAUGGAAAUAAAAAUUAUGGGGGAAUCUGAUUUUCCAAAUUCUGAUUAAGAAUAGUGAUAGUGGCCUAAUUUUAUCGAUGCCUGCCAAGGGCAAUAGAAUGCAUAUGAAAGAGCACACCAAAUAUUUCGCCAAUUUAGUUCAUAGCCUAAUCAACUUGUAAAUAUAACUACAAAUCCAGAGUCUGAGCACUAUUGGUGCCAUCUUUUCAUUUUUCUUAUUCUUAGUUUUUAAGGUUAUUUUAUGACUUUUUAUAUCUCUAAAUAACUAAUGAUUUUAAGAAUUUAAUUUUGAAGGAGAGUUAGAGAAAGUUUAUAAGUUUUAUUUUACUACAUGUAUUCAGCCUACUUAGAUUCUACACUAACACUAAAGCGUGGCAGAUAUAGAUGACAGUCCAUCACUACUCUACAGUUCACAGUUUCAGAACAAACGUAACUCUAUACAAAAAUAAUAAUUGUUAACUAACUAUAUUUAGUUGUUGCUUUGGCAACAAAACUACAACAUGGCUACCUUUUAGACAUUUGUGUGUGUACGUGUGUGGAAAUUUUAUUUGUAAGCUAUCUGUGGUUUGUGACAGUAUAAGCAUAUAGAUGAUGUAGCUCAAAACUCGAAAAACAGAUAUGGUUGAAUAUUUUAAUCCCUAAGUCACAUGUGAAAGCUGAAUUUGUGUCCUGUGACUUUUUGGUCCAGAAGUUUACAACCCAUGGAUUCUAGAAGCAGACUUUAUAGUUUGUGGACUUUGUUGUGUGGAUUGGUUUAUUCCAUAGUAUUUUUACUUCAAAACACUAUUGUAGUGGCAAAAAUUCACUGUUCCUGAAGUUAUGUAUGCAGAUAUGCAUGAGGGUUGAAAUAGGAUUAAACAUUUUGAAAUUAAUUCAUAUUUGUAAAACCAUACAUAAAGAUACUGUGGAAUGGCCCCUUAACAGUGUUUAAGACAUAUGCUGCAGUUACCUGAUUGUCAAAGCUAGGGUGCGAAUGUGUGAGAGACACCUUUUUUGCACUUGUGUAUAUAGUCCAUGAAAGCAAAUCUUGGAGCUUUUUUAAAAAGUAUAUAAGGAGACUGUGAUAGUAGUGGAAAAGUCAAUAAGAGAAAGUUAUUCCUAAGGCUCUGGAAAGGAGGGAUUUUUCCUUUUGCUCUAAGACUUACAGGAAUCAGAAUGUUGCUUUGCUCUUGCAGAGGCUCCAUCUUUCUGGAAGAGAAAAUUGGUGACAGGUAACAGGUCAAUGUUAGCUAACAACACUGAACAGUAGUAGAAUUAUUUGCUUAAGUGAGACCACUAGCAAAAAUUGUUUGCUUUUUAAGUGAAUCCCCACUUUACACACACACACACACACACACACACACACACACACACGCCGCCCCACGUAGGUUGUGGCAGAGGUUUUCUUUUAGGGAUUACAAGCAGUGAAAUACCAUGUAAACUAUAAGUUCACUAUUUUCAUUAUGAUCAAUUCAGGGUUCAUCUUUUUACAGAAAAUCAUUGUUAUGUGAUAUCAGGAUAUAUCUCAAUUGAUAUGUAUUCAAGUACAUUUAAAAUAUUAAUCUUGACCUCUGUUCUUACUUUAAGAUCCACAACUCAAAAAAAAAAAAAAUUGGCAACCAUUGCAUGAUUUUAUUUCCUUGUUAAGUGUGGCCAGUAUAGGGCAAUUUGCUCCCUUCAAGGCUGGAAGCAUGCCCCUGGCACAAGCUUAGCAACAGCUUUAUUUACAUUGUACUUGUUCAAUGGGAGCUGUUUUCUGACCUCCAUUUACCAGAUUACAAAGUACUACUUCACUGUCACUUGAGCCUCCCAGUGUUUUGUUUAAAUGAAACAGAAGAGAAUCAGCCAAAAUCUUACAUAACAUAAAGAGAAUGCUUCACUCUGACCACUUCUCCCAGGUUUAGCUCCACACCACCUACAGAUAACCAUGGGACUUUCUUGUCCUCAAGCGAUGUGGCCUAGGAAAAGUUGAGGUUAGAAAGAAGAAGGGAUGGACCACCCCAGGUACUUGGAGUCCUUUGCAUCUUGAGGCAUGUAUCUCUCACUCUGGAAAAGGGCAGCAUUCUGGUGUUAGAGGAACUGGUAUUGCUAGCUAUUUUGCCACCUCUGUUAGGAAAAGAAUCAUAGGGCUGGAGAGUGUAGCUCAGUGAUAGUGUGUUUGCUGCAUUAUGUGUGGCCCUUAGUUACACUCCCAGAUAGAGACAGAGAGACAGAGCCAGAAAGCAAUCCAAGCCUUAUAAGUUGUCCAGUAACUCAGGGCCAUUUGGCUAGAAAUUUUUUCUCCCAUCAGUUCAUAAUCACUUAGUGUCCAUGAUACAACAAACAGCUUGACAAUCUGACCAGAAUUUCCAUUGAUAUAAACUGUAACCAUUCUUUCAUUCUAUAGUUAGGAACACCUAACCUCAAUCUUAUCGCCAACAUAAUUUUCCAAUUUAACCCCUGUGCUUGUGUUCAGAUUCCCUGGUGAAUUUAUAAGCCAGAAAAAAAUAUAUAUUUUCAUAAGGUUAGUAGAUAGAGAGAGAGAAGAUUUGUUUUGUUUUGCAGUGCUAGGAGUUGAACCUAGGACCUCAGGCAAGUACUUUGCUGCUGAGUUACGUUCCCAGCUUGAGGUGGGAGAUUCUAAGUCAAGAAUCAUCUAGGGCUCUCAGUCUUUGGAGCCUAACAUGUUCAUGAUGGAGCCAAAAUUAAUAUGUAUGGCUGCUGGGUGGCUCUGAAGCACCAGUGGUACAUGCAUGACUGUCUCAUUGCAUGGCCUGGGACAGUCCUGUUGGGCGAUACAAGCCAGAGGAAACAUGUAAACAUACUGACUGUGCUAAAAGAAGUAAAAUAAGUCAGGAUAUACAGUAUAACAAAGACAUAUAAUUAAGACCAAAAAAUACUAAGAUUUAGCUUGACUAAUUCAUAUAGUUUCCAGCUCUUCAAUUUGUCCUUGCCUAUAGGGAAUUUUUCAUUGUCUUAAAAGCUGGAGUAUUACAAGAAAUUUUAUCUUUAUGUAGAACUCUUUCUCAAUUAUUGUAUUCCUAAAAUAAAUAUAUAUCACUAUGAAACAAGUUACAACUCUUUGUAGAAAAUGAAAAAAUCUUUACUAGUCAUCUACAUCAUGUUGUUUUUUAAAAAAAUACCUUUGUAAUGAGACCUAAAGUAAAACAGCUAUCUUAUAUAAGCUUUUCCCUCCCAAACACAAUUUAAAGAUUUAUCUGUCAUAAAACUGCUUGGUUUCAAAGCUUUAUUUCUAUAUACAGAUGUUAUUUGUUAGUGAUAGAAGCCGAAUUAUUUUGUUGCUGUGUCUUUUGUGUCUAGCAGUUUAAGGAAUGAUAUAAUCACAUCUUUCAAUUCUGGAAAUACCCUUUUCAAAAAUGUUUCCUUUCAUUUUUAUUGUUGCUGCUUUAAUUCAUCGAAAAUGAGCCAUUUAUUUCCAAAUUCACGGAUUUAAAUUAUAUAUAAAUUGGUUUUGAGGCUAGGUCCCUGUAUUGUUCAGGAAGGUCUGAAACUCCUGGGUUCAAACAAUCCUCCCUCUGGAUUAGUUGGAUCUACAGGUGUGUGCUGCUAUGCCUAGCUAUUAAGAUUUUUUAAAUAAAGGGUAACUCCUAAAUGUACUCUUCAAGGGUUAUCUGUAUGCAUUCAUAUAAUAACAAUUUGGAAUGUAAAAAAGUGACAGACUAUGUUGAGAAGAAAAGUAGUUUAUACCUGUAAUAAAACUUUUAAUGCCAUACAAAACUUAUGGAUUUAAAUAAUCAGAAUAUUUUACCAAAAAAACCUUCCCAUUUUAUCGUAUUUUGCCUGCAAAAUUCAGUAUCUCAUUCCCUUAACUGCAUAUAUGUUGACUUUUUUUCCAAGUUCUAGUGGUGUAGUGCCUUUCUGUGUUUAGACGUGUGCAUUUUGUAACUCAUUUUAGUAUGCUUUUAUGUUUAAUUUUGUUCCUUUAAUAAAGUAUAUAAAUUUCA